CGUUUACGACAUCCUUGCAUUACUUAUAGAUACAUACGAUAAAUGCAACAUGCCACGGUAAGUCGCAACUGUAACUGUAUGAUGGUUAGCAGUAAAAUCAAUCGAUAGCUAUUCGUUCAGCUAACUCUGAUUCACGGUAGAUCGGUUGUGAUACGUAUUAGAAAUCAUUAACUCGCUUGUGACGAAAUAUUAAAUCGGUCAGAUGAGUUUAUAAAGGUGGGAAAAAAAUGCAAUAAAUUAUGUAAUAUAAUGUUACAUUGUUAUUAUCAACAGAAGAAGCGAAAUUAAAUCAACGAGACUACACUUUGAAAUUAUUAAGAAGUAUAAAGUGAGAGACGAGCGUAUAAAUGUGUGUUUGUCGUAACGAUGGAAUUUUUGGUUAAAAGAUGGAAGAGUAUAUGCAUGAAUGCAUAAGGGCCCGAAAUAAGACGCCCCUGGUGUACGUUGAACAGUACGUUCCUGCAGAACGGAGCCCGCGAGGGCUAGUUAGAAGAAGAGAGUCUAACUGGUGAUCCGAAGUGGCAUAAGAGCGAGGGAGACAGAACGAGCGAGAGAGGAACGCGAGGGCCGAGGCACACACCAUCGAGUAUCAACCAGCUGGUUGGCAAGGCAGCCGCGAGCAGUCGCCAGUGAGACGCGGUACCCCGCGAGGGCUUUCGUCGUUUGUUCGUUCGUCUAUACGUGUGUCUAUAUGUCCGUCAUCUCCCUUCCGCUUAAACCUAUCGUGGUCGUGCGUACGUUCAUUCGUUCGUCCGGUCCGUGUGUGGUGCGUCUCCCAUCGCUUGCUUUGAACGACACUUGCCACCGGUCGCGACUAUCGUCUCUGUGUCAAAGUACGUCUCUCUCUUACUCUACCUCUCUCUCCUCGUUUCUCUUGGCGUGCCCGACCGAAAAGACAAGAUGGCUGCCGACUCAGGAAUGGAGACGUGUCCCUCCCCGGAGAUUGCAGACUCCAGGAAGCGGCCGCUUGAUUGUGACGCGGAAAAUGGCGCGACGAAGAGGUCUCAUUACGGAUCAGGGGGUGAUGGAACAUAUCACCUCAAAGUACUGGUCCCUGGUGUGGCUGCUGGAGCAAUCAUUGGAAAAGGAGGGGAUACAAUUGCCCAGUUACAAAAAGAUACAGGAGCCAGGGUCAAAAUGUCUAAAUCCCACGAUUUCUACCCAGGAACAACAGAAAGAGUGUGUUUAAUUACGGGUAGUUUAGAAGCUAUAAUGGCAGUUAUGGACUUUAUUAUGGAUAAAAUUCGUGAGAAACCAGAUCUUACAUUAAAGACAACUGUUGACUUUGAAUCAGGGAAAACUACCGCAGAGAGAGAUAAACAGGUAAAAAUUUUGGUACCUAACAGCACUGCAGGCAUGAUAAUAGGUAAAGCUGGAAAUUACAUUAAACAAAUAAAAGAAGAAUGUGGCUCGUACGUUCAAAUAAGUCAGAAGGCAAAAGAUGUGUCUUUGCAAGAAAGAUGUAUAACGGUAAUUGGAGAGAAAGAGAAUAACCGUAAUGCAUUAAUGAUGAUAUUAGCAAAAGUGGCAGAUGAUCCACAUAGUGGAACAUGUCCAAAUGUUAGUUACGCAGAUGUUAGUGGUCCUGUAGCUAAUUACAAUCCCACAGGCAGUCCUUAUGCUCAAGCACCUACAAGCACUCCCACGUAUACUUCUACGGCUGGCAUCAAUACAGUGAGUCUCUUGAAUGGUGCUGGAUUAAGCUUGAACUUGAAUUUAGGAGCUGCAAUUACAGCAGGUACAGCACCAGUGACAACGCAAUUGUUGGAACAUAUAAAGUUAAAUUUACGAACGGCAGGUUUUUCGGAACCUGCUGCUAGCGAAAUUUUGUCUGCUAUCGCUACACUUGCUAAAUAUAAUCUUCUCGGAAUGGGAAUCGGGAUGCCUUCUAGUAUGGGAUACCUUGGAAAUCCUAUGGAUAGCACUACAACAGCAAAUGGUUCGAAUAACAAUGGCGGCGUAUUUGGGCCAAUUGGAACAGUUCCUGCUCUUGGAUCUACGUCUCCCACACCACGUAAUACACUUGACAGAUACGAGCCUUUUGAUCCAUUCAGACAAAACAACACAGCUGCCAGUGCUAUUCAUCUAAACAACAAUUCGUUUGGCCUUGGCACUAACCAGUUAUCACUUGUAAGUAAGAGUCCUACACAGGUAGACGCCAACAACAAGGAGACCAAGAAAGUAGACAUAGAAAUUGCAGAGGUUAUAGUGGGAGCUAUUCUGGGACCCGGUGGUCGUGCCCUCAUUGAGAUUCAGCACCUAAGUGGCGCCAACAUACAAAUCUCUAAGAAGGGCAUGUUCGCUCCUGGUACCAGGAACCGCAUAGUGACUAUCACGGGUUAUCCUAAUGCAAUCGGCACUGCUCAAUAUUUAAUUGAGCAGAGGAUCAGUGAAGAGGAAGCAAAACGAGCACGUCAGAAUGCCCUCGCCAAUAUGAUCCAUUGAUUUCAAGUACAGCACUUUUGUUCAUCCCCAUUAUUGAGCUCCGUCAUUCAUCUUUUCACAUCUUGAGGUGAUGCUGCGGUAGCUCUCUCUUCCCUUCUUGAAACACUCGUCCACUACCACCUACCACCCGUUGUCAUCUAUCGCUACAUCACUAUAGCGCUUGCAUUCUCACAUCACUGUUCAUGCAUUCAUCAUGAUUCGUCAACAUUUAUCUAUCUUUUAAGAUUAUUAUGAUAUAUAAAUAUUAUAUGUUAAAUGAUAACUACUACAAUUGUUCUGUGAUACACCAUGUUACGGGACUUUAUCACAAAUAAUACACGUACUACAUCAGAGUUACAUAAUAUAUCUAGUUGUAUGGUAUAGGAUAUUGAAAGAAGGCAUGAUGAAAUUAUGAUUACAUUAGAAACGAAAUGGCACAAUUUGGCCAUAGUUGUUCUUGGAAGGUCAAGACGACAAUGUUACAUGGGUAAUUGUUUCGUUUCAUAAAAAUAAAUCUAUUUUUUUCUUUUUUUUUUUUUUUAUAGGAGCAUAAUCUUAGUACUAAUAUGAAAGAUAUUUUUAGUUAGAAGGUCAUACAGAACUCACAAAUUGAAUGGCUUCGAUCUGAGGAAUUAGUAUUUUAAUGUGUAUCGUGCAGACCAAAUUAUAUUCAUUUCCAUAAAAUGAUGUUGCAAAUUAUUGUAUUGAACUGUUCCUUGAGCUAUGAAAUGAUUAGGCCGAUUGAAUGAUUAACAUGCUAUAUGAGCAAGUUUUCUCGAGUACAGAGUAAUACCUUGGCAAAACCAAAGAUCUUACAUAUGUAAAGCAGAAAUAACUUGGCUGGAGGAUAAAUAUACAUACAAAGGGAGAGCUAUUCUAUGUAUAAACAUAUAUUUAUAUAUUUACAAUGCUGGCUGGUCCAGUUAAAUGAAUAACAUAAUACUUUAUUGCCAAGUUUUAUUCUGAAUCCCAAAGUCUUUAUUUCUCAAAAUCUUCAUCAAAUUAUAUCUUAUAGUAUUUAGAUUAAUGUACCCAGAAGUAUAUAAACAUCAAGUCUCAUUCUUCCUUACUCAUACCUUAGGAACAGAGGAUUCAUUAUACUAGGAUGCUAAGAUAAGAAUUACUCGAUUCAUCACUGAAUCAAAAAGAUCCUCUCAUGUAAUAUUUUGGUAUGGUUAACACGCGUUGUACAUUAAAACUUUUGUCUAAUUAUUUUUAGUUUCAAGGUAUAUCAGUUGAAUACAAUUUGAGUUAAUGAGAUAUAUUUCAUGACACUUUGCAAAGCAAAAGCUGUGACAUAGAAAUUUGUUUUUGUCAUUCCUUUAUAUUAUAGCAGCAUGAAUAUAAUUAUUUUUGUCAUGUAAAGAUAUUUAUAUUUAUAUACAUCUGUUUUCAAUAGUUUAAUCGUGAAAUAUUUUUUGAGCAAAAUAUUCCAUUCGCUAGUGCUUUCAAUUCUUUUCUAUACAAUGAUUAAUGUAUUCUGAUGAAAAUACAGCAAAUUAAGGUUUCUACAUACAUACAUACAUACAUACAUACAUACAUACAUUCAUACAUACAUACAUACGUUCAGUUUUACAUAAAAAGUGUCUGUCAUGGUCGACAGUCAUGUCAUACAUCCUUGGGUUCUGUAUGAUACUGCUUUAUGUGGAAUUCUAUUUAAGACAACCAAAUCUUUGACAGAUUUUUAACAACUGCACUUUGACACUGAAUCAAAUCUUUAGAUAGGGAAUGGAUUUUAGCUAGAAACUUCGUUUAUGUUGAUAAUAAUUAUCAAUAUUAUGAACAAAAGAGCAAACAGCUUAUAUUUCAUUGCUAGAUAAGAAAGAGGAUACAGCAUCUACUAAUAACAGACGUUUCAAAUCAUUGUUUUUUGGGGGGGGGGGUAGGUAUUAGGAAAGGGUGAUAUAAGGGAUAGGCAGUAAUCAAUAAUGGGUUUAGUUAAAGUAUCUGAAAACGUUAGCUGUAGCGUCAAAUGAAAUAUAUAAGUGUACAUGAGUACAAUUCAUAGCUGGAGACGCUGGCUCACCGCUCUUUAAAAAUAACUUGUAUAUUCAUAAAUAUCGCAUAACAUGAGUAAUAAUAUAUUACACACAGAGAGAAAAAGAGUAAAUAUAUAUAUUAUAUAUUAUAUUAUAUAUAUAAUAUAUAUAUGUAUAUAAAAGAUGCAUCUAUAUAUACAUGAAAAGUUCGAAUUAGAUUAUUAAAUAAAAGAGAAUUCAUAUUAUCUAAAAUAUAAAUGACAUAUAUGUGUAUAUUUAUAUGUAUAUAUGUAUACACAUAUAUAUUCUAUAUAUAUAUACAUAUAUAAAUAUAAUAUAUAAAAGAUAUAAUAUAAGUAAUGAAAUGAUAUUAUAAACAUUGUUGACAAAAUAUUUGCGUCCGCGUACGUAAAACAUGAUUUUAUGUUUAUUCAUAAAUUGUAUGUGAACUAUUGAUUAAACUUCACUGUGUUGCCCAAAUACAUUGAGAAAGAAGUCACAGAUACGAUAAAGAUGCAAACUAUUGUUAGAUUGCUGUAGAUAGAUCUAUUUGAAAAAAAAAAAAACUUUAAUAGAACAUGUUACGAACGUCACUUGUACCAUUAACUUAAUUUAUAAAUCACUUUAUUUUAAUAUAGCCGUUGCGCUAUUAAUAUUAAUGGCAGCAUAAUAUUUCUCUAUUGCAUCCGUAUAUGCAGUACUUUUUCUUCGCUAAUUAUACGUAUCAUCACAUUAGAUCUAUCAUUGGCGGUUUCUUAAUUUUAUCCUAUCGUCACUUUCUCUCUAUCUCUAUUUUAUAAUUCACACUUUUUCUGACUGCCGGUAGGCAGGUGUGUUCCAAUUGAUUUGGACAGGCCAAGAUUUUCAAAGGGAAACAGAUUUUAUACCAUUUUCAUUUACACACAUCGAUUCGUACUUUUGUCAUUUAUGACUCUCACAUGAUUAUUUGUACUAAUGUAUCUAAAUCUAGUAUUGCAGUGAACUUGUACAAGUAGAUGAAGGAAACAAAUUUUUCAUUCGAUUUUCGUCACAAGAAUGUUGAUAUAUUUUGUGCUUGUUACAAGUAACAUCGAUAUUAUUACAGUGAAGUGAAAUAGACUUUUAUCACAUAGAAUAUUUCUUCUGUAACUUUUUUUUUCCUUUUUUUUAUGUGUAGCACGUAUAAGCAACAAAACACGAUGAAUGAUUGUAUUCUGGUUGUCACGUUUAAAAAAAACGAAAACAUGCUUGAUCAUUUGAAUAUUCCAUUGCUAAAAUUACAAUGUUUCUAAUAUUAUCGGUUACAUCGGAGAAUAAUCCUUCUAAAGGUUCCUUAUGUCAUUUCCUGUAAUCGAAAUCAAACAGCAAAUAUAAUUAUUUUUCGAUUCGAACAGAGUCCGUACGUAUGUCAAACUUGUAAUAUGCACAUUAACGAAAAGAAACGGAAGGAAAAAUAGGAAGAAUAAGAACGUGUAAGUAAAUCUCUUUCAAGUAAAUCUCUAUGACAAACAACUUGUAGGUAGCACGGGAUAAUUAGAUUAGGUUACGGUUUUUCUCAGUAAACACAUUCCUUAGUAGAACAGAUUAUGUAUAAGGAUAGCUGUGAUGAGGUUGAAAUGAAUGAAAGAGAGAAAAGAAGGGAAAAUAAUUGGGUGAGAGGGAGAUAGGUGUUUAUAUCAGCUGCCAGUACGUGAAAAUUGCCACGAUACGUUGAUGUAUGUAGUGUGUAAAAUCAUAGAAUUUAUUUGUUCAGGGAAAAAUAACUCGAUGGCGAAUAACGAUUCAUCAGCAAGGAGAAACGAGAAGACGGAUCAGUUUUAUUCUACAUGAUAAAAACACGAUGUCGAUGUUAAAUGUUCAAUUUUAUGAGGAUCGUCGCAUGUCGCAAUAUCCAUUUUCCAAUGUUAUCGCUUGGAACGUUCGAUAAGAAAGAAAAAAAGAACUAACUCACUCUCCUUGCACCAUCGGUAAGAAACGAAGUGAUAAACAUAUUACAAGUUAUAACGAUCAGCCAGUUUACUAUUAGUAUUUCCUUUAGCGGUUUAUAUACAUCUCUCUGUACAAUAUUAGUAUUUUAUAAAUAUCGUAAAUGUUACGGGGCUACGGUUCGCAUGUGUUCAUCGGUUUAGAAGACGUAUAACGUAAUAGGGAAAGAAAUUAAAAUCGUUCGAUACAUUGAAUCGUAACUAUUGACGGUCGAUGCAGAAAAUUCUAUAGAGAUAAACGUCCAACGGGGAAGAACGAUCGUUCGUAUACGUUUCUUCUGGAUUGUUUCACGUUUACAGAUACCUUUAUAGGGUUCACCUUUAGACGGUUGCAUAUUAUUGCGUUGAAUUUUAUUGUUCGCGUGUUGGACGAUUGUUGCUCGAAAUAACGAUACGAAAAUACCUCCAUGCAAUGUGGCAAAAAGAAAAAAAAAAAAGAAAGAACAGUAUUGGUUGGCCAGUCUAUGUUACCUACGAGUUGUUUAACGAGAGGACAUCGUUAGAGUAAUUAAGCCGGCAGUCGCCACACAUUUAGGAGAAUCUUAUUUCAUAUGACGCUUUGUUUUGUACAGUUUGAGAUAUAUUUCAUCCGAUCAUUCUCUAGGUAAUGAAAACGAAAAAAAAAAAGAUUAACGAUAAUAAACAUGGUAAACCACGGCGCCAGAGAAUGGUUGUUGGGCGCCGUGGAUAGUUGUACACGAUUACUAAGUAUAGAUGUGUAGGUAGUGUCUUAAAUCUCUUGUAAAAGUCGUCAUUACAGGUUCAACGUUUUAAUCAAUAAUCGAUCGAUAAAAGGAAAAAAAAAAUAUUUACAGAAAUGGAUAAAAAAUGUAUAAUUAUACUCUCGCACGUGGAGACGUAGUGUAGUAAUCAGGGAAACUGUAGGAAUUGCAUUGACUCGCCUCAAUUCUAAUAUGAACUAUUGUUACAGUAACUAUAAUUGAAUUUGACACACGUCGCCACGAUGGUGUGGCUUGCGUGUCACGUUACUUGGCUGUGUGUGCUAGGCUACAUCGUAAUUCAUGUUCCAUCAUCCAUCACUCCACUCGCACAGACUCCAUUUACCUGUAUAGAACGGAAAUAAAUAGCGGAGGAGAGGAGGAGGAGGGGGGGGGGUUGACAAAUUAAAAAGGGGGGAUUAAAGGAAGAGAGUAACGAUGAUUUAUCAUUAACUACAUAUGUAAAUCGAUAUUCCGAUACGAACGAAAGGGAAAGAAGGAAGGAACGAAAGAUCGAACGAGGGAUCGGUACAUAUUUGAUAGCAGAGGAAACAAAAAUGGAAAAAAUUCUUUCGCACGACAUUUACACACUCCACCCAAUCACUUUAGUGCCAUAUUGAUAUCCCAUCAGCCACACUUGUUGACGUUUUGACGGUAGAACGUGUUGUUAAAGAUGUGUAUAUUCUGCGAUUAUGCAGGCUGUUUUGAAUAAAGUCGGAAUACGUUUAUUUCUCAUUACGCAUAUAUUAAAUCGUUACAAAGUAUUAUGAAACACACCUGUAUAUGCUUAUUUAGUUUCUGCAGUGUACAAAGAAUCGUUUUACAGCUGUCGAGGGAUUUUAAUGUUGAUUAUCACGAUGACGAGAUAGAGCUUAUAUAUAUAUAUAUAUCUAUAUAUAUAUAUAUAUCUAUAUCUAUACAAUAUAUAUGCGUAUAUAUUGUGUCGAUCUAUACGUAUUGAUUGAAAACUCUAAGUUCGAACUUCUUAUUUUAUAAAAUAAUAUAUGCAUAUUCGACGAGGAAUUACAAAUUUUGUAAAAAAUGCAACAGUUUCUUGAACAGGAGCAAUGCGUUUCGUUUGGAAAUUGUUCUUGUUGUUGUCAAAUCAGAGAGAAAGCUGACUUUCUUUUCUCCUAUUGUCGGUCUGCGCUUGAUGUUGGAUUCGAUACGUUCGGUGUUGAAACUAGUAGAACAAAAGUGAAGAAUUAUCGGACGAAAAAAUCCUUUGUACAAGAUAUUUUCGUAGCACAAAUCGCUUUCCUUUCGAGUCGCUCGAGCCAUUGUUUGUAAAGAAACGUUGCAUUUGCACUCUUUAAGAAUGUUAUAUUCUCGGAAGGUUCUUUUACUGCCGCUCUUCGCAAUCGUUCGCUAUAAUCAAAGGUUUAAACGAUAGAACAAAUUAACAAUAGUCAAGGAAAAUAUAAAGAAUUGAUGUAAAACGUAACGUUACAUUAAGAAGUAUUAAUACAGUAAGAGAUACGAUAAUAGAUGUGGAAGAAAUGGUAAAGAAUGAAACGGCGAGGAUGAAGAAAUAAUAAUAAUAAUAAUAAUCGAUUGCAUUGCAUUGAUCGACAAUAUAGCAAAAUUAAUUAUUUAUAGGUAGAGAGAACAAAGAUGAACGAGCUUUAUCAACAAUUGAUGACAUAAACGAAUUGUCUUAACUUGUUCUUCGUCAGAUGUUUCCACUUUAAACGCUGUUGUACGUGAAAUUUUUAACUGCUGUGUGUUGCACAACGUUUGAACAACAUUUGCAACAUCGAUUGGUUCACUGGAUAUUUUUCUUUCUUUUUUUCAUUUUUUCAUUUUCGUUGAAGCUUCGCUUUUUGUUUUUUCCUUCUCUUUCUUUUCUUUUUCUUGUUUCAAUUCGCCGAACUUAAAAUUUCACGAUACACCUGCAUUGCAAUGCCCUUAAACGAGCAGAAUAAGGAAAGAGCAUACAACACAAAUAAAGAAAACAAUACAAAGCGGAUAAAAAGAAAAUAACAAAGUGGCUGUAAAUAUUUUAUAUAAAAAGAAAAAAAGAUAUAUAUAGAGAAAGAGAGAGAUCUAUCUAUUAUAGGGAUACGCGUGGAAUUAAACGAAAAGAGGCUUUUAUUUUUGUCUAAAAAAUAAAAGAUGGACGAUAAUCGAAUAUAGCGAGACGAGAAUUAUAAUUGGACAAGUUCAAAGAAAAGAUAAAAUAUCCUGACGUUAGUCGAUUCUAGUGCAUAGUAUUUACCGAUAAAGUAUUAAAUAUCGCGCCCAUCGACACGUAAUACAAAUUUCGAUCGUUCAGCCCGCACUGUGUCUUCUUCUGCGUAAAUCGAGCAGAUGAUAAAUUCGCAGAUCUCCGAUAUCGUCGUACAAUUGAGAAAUACGCCACUUGCGAAGCGAAGCAAAAAGGGAAAAGAAGAAAACGAAAGGAACGAAAGAAAAGUGAAGCUUUCUCUCCGCGUACAUAGAAAAAGAAAAGAACAGAAUGAGACGAGCCUCGUUAGUGUAUUCAAAAUAGCAAUGCAUACCGAUAACUAAAUCUCUAAAAAAAAAAAAAAAAAAAAAAGAAAAAGAAGAAGAAGAGGAAGAAUCUUCUCAUCGCGGAUGGCCGAAUGUCUGAGAAAAAGAAAAAGAAAAAAAAAAAGAAA